GUAAGCAGCUUUAAAAGCUCGUAAACAUCGUAUACAAAACGGUUCGAUUAAAAAUUGCAAAAAAGAUGGUAUUGUGUAAUGUCGAAUGUGUGCAACGAGUUUCUCAAUAUUUGCGAGUAUCGCCUGGAAAUCUUUAUAUGUCGGAAAAUAAUGUAUUAGCGUCGGACGACAUUCUCGUAAAUCAGUGCGUUGAAGGUUUCAGCGCAGUAGUUCAAGCACUGGUUAAGAAUUCCACUUAUCCUGCCAAACACCUUGGGAGCGACACAGAAAAACAGGCUUUGACACGCCAGUGGUUGGAAUAUGCAGUAUUACAUAUCAACUACGCAGACAAUCCGUUGAAUUCCAAGAGAAUUCUGAGAGAUCUGAAUGAUGCUUUGAAAACUAGCCCCUACAUCACUGGCACUGAGAUGACCCUAGCAGAUGUUGUGUCUUAUUAUCUGUUGCAUGGAAUCGUGAGAGAUUUAAAUCAACAAGAAAAAGCACAGUACGUUAACAUCUCGAGGUGGUUUGACAAUAUCCAACAGGACGAUAACAUCCGACAGAAAAUGCAAUUGGUGAACUUUGAUUUGCUGAAUCUAUACUUAUAAGAGAUACAUAGGGAACGUUU